AUGGUUCUAUUCAAUCAAAUCUAUUGCAUCGAUUACAAUGGAUGGGUUACUGGAGCUUCGCCCGCACCACCACCAAAGCAAGUGGACUUCUCUUCACAAACCAUUCCUGAGCUAAUUUAUUCAAGAGCAAGUAGCGAUCGAGUGGCAGCAAUUUUCGAUGCUGAGAAACUGUCGCUAACAUUUGCUAAAGUGAUGGAAGCGCUCGCAGCAGGUCUGUUAUCCACCGGACUUGCUCCAGGAGAUCGAAUUCUCAUAUGUGGCAGUAAUCAUUCACAGGUAUGGUCAAUGACUAAAAUAUUCCCCCCCCCUCUCCUCCCCGUGUUUUUAUCUGCUCUUGCCGCUUCCAGAGCUGGCCUCGUUUUCUCGCUUGCUAACCCGAAUUUUGCAGAUGGCGAAAGUUUCCAGAGAGCUUUGAAGCUGGGUGAAUUUCGCGCAGUGAUUUGCUUUCGCGUCCCAGGAUCUCAAGACUAUCUGCAUUCUCUGCUGAUACGGAUUACUCCAGAGCUUAUGCAUAGCCACAAAGGUAGGAUACGUUUGAAUAAAAAAGAAAUUUGCUUAUAUGUACCGCAAUGAUA